GCCGAUACGUUAAUGAAUAGUAUACAUAGAGGAAUAUCACCACUAUAUGCCAAGAUCUAAGGUUGACUUGAUCGGGAUGGCUCUCGGUGCUGAGAAGUACCUAGUAAGAAACGCUCCACUGGAGAUUAUGAGAACGAAUCAAUGUCGUCAAUGAGUUCAAACCUAGCGCACCUGUCUAUAAUAGAGUACGGUGCAAGCUCAGCCUCUCACAUCAGCACCGACAAUACGAUGCGGCGAAGGGCCUGACCACCGUCAGCAUCGCUCGGCUUCCAAGAGUGGUAAGGCUGUCAGAUUGAGGCACGGUCUGCCGUUAUCCGACGGCAAUAAUAAGAUACGCUGAUGCCCUUCUUUGACCCGCAGUAGCGACCCGAGAGCCUGCUACCUACCCAAAUCUCCCCAAGAUGGAAAAGAGUGCUACUGAGAGCCUCCUGGCCGAGAACCGCAAUGAGAAACUAACAUCUGCACCGGAGCUGCGCGAAUAUCGACCUGUCUACUGGCUUCGUUUGGUCCUACGAAUACUGUCCUUGUUAACUUGCGCAUUAAUUUGCUUCAGCCUGAUCGAUGCCAUCCGCAACUAUCGAAGUACCAAACAUGUCAGAAACCCGUUCCACGAGGGUAGCGGGAGCCUUCCCGUUUGGCCCGAGAAAGAAGGGCUGAAAUUGUAUCCGACGUAUGUCUUGUUGGGCGCGGCAAUUGUUGCAGGCGCAUUGAGCUUUGUUCUGGUUAUCGCAAGCUUCACUAAAGUCGUACGAAGGAUGACGAAGGUGGGUAAUAUUAGCACAAUAGUCGUGUCGUCGAUUUGUCUCGUGCUGUGGGUUGCGGUGACUGCAUACUAUGGCACUUGGGACACGUCCGAGACCAACUGGGAUCUGCUAUCGUGGACAUGUACUCAUCGUAACUACGAGUAUCAGGACAUCGACUUCAGCGAGACGUGCACAGCGAUGCGAUUUUCAUUCUGGGCUGGUGUUGGUCUGGCUGGAUUGGAGGCACUAAAUCUGGGCAUCUUCGUGAUUUGGUGGCUACGAACGCGCGGAUCCCGUGAAUAUUCGAAGGUAUGAAGCGGUUAUGGUAGGAGCUCCGAAGAGAAAGCGCAAAGACCCGGAACGGACCGAGUCUCAAGUAGCGUCUACGCGUUACGUCAUACACGUGGGCCUGAGAAUACAUCAACCUCAAUGCCGA